ACCCUCUGAGCAGAGACCAACGCCCCUACCCCCCCCCCCCCGCCCACCCACCCCACCCCAAAGAAAAAAUGGCCAAUCGGUGGCGCGCAGCCGGCGGCAACCUCCGCGCGGUUCUGCAAAAUUCUAGCUUCGGACCGCAACCUCCAUUCUCAUCCUUCGCGGCUCUCUACCACACGAUCCAAGCCAUCCCUCGGGAGGUCACUGGCAACAGAGUCUCCGUCAAAGACAGAGCUCAAGGUCGAAUUCCAGCCGUCGUGUUCUCCCAGCAGCUGAACCCUAGCAGUGCCGCCGCUCGACCGGUCGCCAGGAAGCACCUGCUGACCACCGAGAGGAAGCAGAUUCAGGCCAUUCUCAAGUCGGUAGAACUCCCGUUUUUCUGCUCCACUCGGUUCCCCCUCCAGAUCCGAGCCGGGUCCGGGUCGUCGGAUUUGCUCGAAUCCGGAAAUGUCAUACCCAUCAAGAUUCACAGGGACCAGGAGAGUGGGAAGAUUCUGAAUUUGGUGUUUGUUUGGGCGGAUGAGGGCUCCGAGCUGAAAGUUGAUGUCCCUGUUGUUUUCAAAGGUGAAGAUGUUUGUCCUGGUCUCAAAAAAGGUGGCCACCUGAACAAAAUUAGAACAAGUCUAAGGUACCUUGGCCCAGCUGAGAACAUUCCUUCUAAGAUUGAGGUGGAUGUAAGCAAUCUAGAUAUAGGAGAUAGGGUGUUCAUUCCUGACAUUGAGGUUCAUCCUUCCAUGAAGCUUCUAAGUAAGAACGAAACCAUGCCCAUUUGUAAGAUAGUCGCAACAAUGUUGGAGAACCCAGAAUCUGCAGGAGUUUAGUCACCGAAGCACAGGUUUAUGGUUUUCCCGCAUUGGCAUGAACCACGAGUAGAAGCAAGAAGUUUAAUAAGUCUCUGAUUUUUCCUUAAGGAUACAGAUUGGCCCGCUGCCAUAUGCUGUGAUACUCAAGUUGAAAAAGAAUCGUGAUUGGUUCGAUCAUAAUCAGCUGGAUUUUGUUGUAGCACUCUCAUUAUGAUCCAUGUUUUGGUUACAUCUGUGCUUUUAUUAUCUUUUAGAGUGAAGUGGUUAAACGGAGGUUUACAGCACACGAGCGAUAUUGGUUAGUUUCUUUACGUUUUCCCCCUUGUCCUUUGUUCGUCCUUCUUUUCGUACGUUAUUCUAUAGUGCAGUAGAAUGCCUGAACAUAAGCAUACACAUUUCUCUGUCUUA